AUGGAUUCUGAAAUAGUGGACCGCAUUCAAUGGAUACAACUUACGACAGACGAAGAUGAAACCAUUACAGUACGUCCUUUGAGAAGAAAGGAGAUCCUGGAAGAAUACUCCUUGAGUUUAAUCGGUAAGUUUCUUACAACUAAACCUAUUAAUAUUAGAGUAGCCAAGAAUUUACUAAGAUCUAUGUGGAAGAUGGGGGAAGACUUGAAGAUGGUGGAACUGGGUGACGGUCUACUACAGUUCAAAUUUUCAAUGGAGUGCCAACUGAAUUGGGUUUGGAACAACGGGCCGUGGUGUUUUGAUAACCAAAUCCUUGUAUUGCGGAGAUGGGAAAAAGGUAUGACUGCCCGUUCUGUGACCUUCACCCACAUGCCGAUUUGGGUCCAAGUUUGGGGGCUGCCAUUUGAUUUAAUCACUGAAGAAGCUGCGCACGAUAUCGGGCAAGGGCUAGGCAAGGUCAUUGAGGUGGACUGUAAAGCUCUCAAAACAGACCAAGCCCGGUUCCUCCGAAUCAAGGUAGAGGUGCCGCUGGAAAAACCAUUGAGGCGAGGUGGACCAGUGGUUAGUCCAAAAGGUGAUGAAGCUAGAGUAGCUUUCCGGUAUAAGAGGCUGGUCGGCUGGUGUUUCGCAUGUGGGAGGGUAGGCCACGACGUUAAAGAGUGUAGGUCGGCGAGCGAGGAAGACAGGAGAGUUAAGCCAUAUGGAGAAUGGUUGAAAGCAGGCACUCGCGGCAGACCUGACACACCGAGAAGCAACCAGAAAAUCCCAGACCAGCGCCGGCGUGAACCCGAAGCAGCGACUCCACUGCGACAUCCCGAAGCAGCGACUCCACCACCACAUACGCCAGCUGUACCUCCAGAAACAUUAAAUGCUGCUACAGAAAAGCCGAAAAAUCCGGAAACUGUUUUGCCCAACCCGACAAAUACGUUUUAG